AUGUCGGGCGCCGACGCUCCAGAGAUUCUGGCCGCGUACGAUGCGGUGCGUUCGGACAAGGACCCAACCAACUGGCUGCUCAUCUCGUACGCGGGGCCGACGGGCAACCAACUGGUGCUGAGCAAGACAGGCACGGGCGGGUUGGCUGAGCUCAAGGAGGAGUUUGUCGAUAACGACGUGCAGUACGGCUACUGCCGGGUCGAGUACGCCAACGACGCCGAGAGCAAGCGCAUAAAGUUCGUCCUCAUUGUGUGGAUCGGCGAGAAGACCAAGGUCAUGCGCAAGGCGCGCGUCAGCAUCGAGGCCGGCAACGUCAAGAAGGUGCUGUCGCACUAUAGCGUGCAGGUUGACGCUAGCGAGAAGAGGGACUUGGACGAGAACGACAUUGUAGCCAGGUUACGCAAGGCGGGCGGUGCCGACUACAAUGGCGGCCGCUGCCUGGCCCGCACGGACGGAUUCCACGUGGGAGACCGGCAUUGCGGUUUCGAUGCGCAAUACAACACUGCUUUCACCGGUCAACGACAAGUCCUGGUUUUUGAUGACCACUCCCAUGAAUGGAUUCGUAUCUGCAACGCUGUUGGAAAGAGGAAAGUAGGUGCUGACCGUUGGAAGAAUGUUGCACGUCCAUCACAUCAAGACACGUUGGCCGCUCCAAAGACUCGAGGUCGCGAUCUGGCGACCCAGAACCAGAGGCAGACAAAGCUGGGCCCGUACAACGCGGUCAUCCACGACGCCGGCAUUUUCCGCGUCACCACCGGCGGCGUGGACACAUCGGCGCUGUGUAAGUCGGGGCCCCCCACCACCAUUACCGUCAACAUGCUCGCGCUGUACCUGCUGAUUUGUCUCAUGAUCCGACAGAAGCGACUGAUCUGCAUCUCCGACUUGCACAAGGGUGGCCGUCUCAACCUGCGUCCCCACCAAGAUGAGCGGAUCGCUGGCCUCCGGUCGUUUGGAGGAUGCUGUGUCGAGGCAUUCACCAUGCUUGCCCUCGGCUGGGGAGAAUCGAACUGA